UUAAAAGUGGCUGUCAUCGGUAUGUUGAUCUUGGCUUACGAACUCACAGAAUGAAAUGCUCUGUCCAUAAAAAUUUUAAACUUAUACUGAUUGCUGAAAAGAAAAAAGUUUAUGAAGACUUUCCUACACCUUUAGUGAAUCGUUUGGAGAAACACUUUAUUAAUAAUGAAACAGUUCUGGAAGAUUGGCAGAAGAAUGUAGUUGAUGACAUAAAGAAUUGGCUUGAAAAUUUAAUGACUGAUGAUAAUAAUGGAUUCAAGAAAGAAGAUGCUUUUGUUGGAUACAAUUCUGACACCAAAGCAGCUGUUGUCCUACAAGCUAGCGCUCAUUUUCUUGAAAAUAUUUCUGAAAAACAAGAGAUGGUGUUGCAGCUAAGUAAGAAAUUACUGUUACAAAUGGCUACACCAGAUGCUGUAAUCAGAGCUCUUGAAAAAGAUACUGAAGAAAGCCAAAUGUUUCUGAGACAAGUUUAUUUUUAUGAACAAGAGCAUUCUUCACUUGUUGGACUUUUACAAAGAAUUUCAUGGCAUCAUGAAAAUACCUUCUUAUUACAGGUAACUUCUCAUAGCCUUCCAAUGUAUCAAAAAGAAAUACAAUCUCUAAAAGAAUCAUUAAAAAUAGAUGAGGCUCAACUUGAAAGAGCUCAUAUAGAAGCAUUUGAAACUGAAUAUGAAUUCCUUGCUAGUGUUGACGUUGCUAUUGAAAAAGGAAAAAUGAAACCUUUUUACCAAAUCUAUGAGUGUGAAUUUGGACAGGAUAAUGGUAACCUAAUAUCUUGCUGUCGAUACCGGCUAGUUGAUAAAAUUAAAGAAAUAACUAAAGAACAGUCAUCAACACUAUUUAUUUUAAUUGUCCACUUGCCAAGAAAAUCUGACAAUACAGACUUUGUUAGUUUUCAAGAGUACCCCUGGAUAUGCUAUCAUGUUGAUGAGCUCAUUCCAUCAGAAGAAUCAAAAGCUCUAUUGAGGCAAAUUGGUUGUCAGUCAAAUCGUCUUAGUCAUCUGUUUCUUGCUGAAGGCACAGACCCAAAUUCUGAAGAAUUAUUUAUUGCUGUAAAUGAUCCUAACCAGUAUCUUAAAUUGUGUCCUCUUAAAAAAGCUGAGCCAGUCAAUCUUUGCAAUCGCAUUCACACUUAUUUUGCUGAUGCGGUAUCACAAUUAGAUCAAUCAGAAAAGGUUCUGUCAUCACACAAAAUCAAAAGAUUGGAGAAUUUAUUAUCAAAAAAUGUGCAAAAAAGUACUGUUUUUAGACAAAAUUUUGUAUAG